GCAAACUAAUGAAGCGAUAAUCGUGUACAAAAUAUACAUUUUUGUGAGCUACAGUAGCUCGUUAGCCACAUAAAUAGCCUGAAAACUGUUUUAGCAAGUUCUAGCAUUCUGUUCCGCGACAUCAUCAUGCAGGACGAGAAAUCCAUGACGUACAUAUAUAAAUGACUCGUCUCAGCGACAGCCAAUAUCGAAAUCCCAACCAAAUAAUAACAGAAAACGACUAAAAUAACUUAUUUCAAUAUAUCUUGAGAGACAUCUGGCUAACCUACUAGAUUACGGGGCUGUAAAAUGUGCAAUUGCGCAUGCGUUGAAACCGUGCCUUUUAGUUUAUUGAACGAGACUGUUGAAAGCUUUAAGUUAUAAUGUUGCAGGAAAAAGGUAUAAAGUUAUCGAACUGUAUGUCGAAGGCUACUUAAUCUAUUUAAAUAUAUUAACUUUUUCUGCGAAAUGCUAUUCUCCCAAAUAGCAACAAAUUACACUGAAGAGCGAUACACUUCUCUCCUAGAAGUAAAAAUGUGUCGGUGCCAUAUUCUGUUAAAUAAUAACAGUACGUGACUCACUUGCCUGAAGCGAAAUAUUCAUUAUCGUUAAGACCUUUGUUACUUUCACAACAACCGCAACUGCAGAACUUUUUGAAUGACACAUCGUCAUAUCAGUGUGCUGAUAAAAAUGAAUACACAGGAAAGAACGCAGAACAGCUGUCUACUAUGAGGUUCAAGUGGAGACGGAGCAUCUUGCUCUUAGCAGUUAUACUUGUAUGCAUUUACGAAAUUACUGGUCAAUCAUGUGAUGGACAGUGUGGUGAAACACAGGGGACGUGUUCAUGUCAUGCAACAUGUGUAUCCCUUCUGACCUGCUGUGGAGACUACAGGCAGUACUGUCUCCAGAUCUCCCCUUACUCAGGAACUAUGAUGGGUGGAAGUGUCUUCUCUAUCCUCAAUGCCACCUUCUAUCCAAGCAAGCAAGAGCAGCUCACCUGCAGGUUCAGGGGUGAGAUAGAGACAGUGGGCUACACAGACGGAGAAGGCAGAGGUUACUGUGUCUCCCCCUUACUGUUCCAGAGUGGAUGGCUUCCCUUUGACGUCUCUACAGAUGGACGGAACUUCAACAGUUCUGGAGAAUACCUGUCAGUCCACCCAAGUAAAAUGGACGCUGCAUUUAAAGUGACGCUGGUGAAUUCAACGCAGUGGCAAUACUACGGCACCCCCAACACAGCUGGAACUCUGAGGAUGACAUGGAGCCCUUCUCUGAUUGGAGACAAGGACAGAGUCAACAUAGAACUAUGGGGGUACAGAGAGGUCAAUACCUCUACUACUGAUACUACAUGGGAGGAAGAGUUGCCCUCCCUGAGGGCAGAAUGGAUCUACCUGUACUCUCUCGGUAAAGGCCUGGCCAACAGCGGCAGUUUCAGCUUCACCCCCAAGUCUUCCGAGAAGCCCUACUCUGACUGGGAGGUGGGGAGUGUCAGAGUGAGCUCCAGUAUCUACUCAGAUGGAGCCAGGAACGUCAAGGCUGUGUGGAGUGGGGCCCAUGCCUUGGCCUGGCACCUGGAGGAGGCCUUCAGGCAGGACUCAGCAGCCUGGGCCCUGGACAGGUGCCUGGCCUGGGACAUCCUGGAGAAGAGUCUCCCUAACUUCCUGGAGGAGGUGGUGGACUGUCCCUGUACCCUGGCCCAGGCCCGCGCAGACACCGGCAGGUUCCAUACUGACUACGGCUGUGACAUGGAGAAGGGGAGUGUGUGUACCUACCACCCUGGUUCUGUACACUGUGUCCGAGCCGUACACGCAAGCCCUGUGUACAGAGCAGGACAGCAGUGUUGCUAUGACAGCACGGGGGCCCAGGUUCUGACAGGGGACUCGAUUGGAGGCAGCACCCCAGAUCGGGCCCACGACUGGGGCUCCCCUCCCUACAGAGACCCCCCUCGGAUCCCCAGCCUUUCCCACUGGAUGUACGACGUCCUGACAUUCUACUACUGCUGUCUGUGGUCUGACCACUGCCAGGUGUACUUCACACACAGACCCUCAAGUGGCUGUAGACACUACACACCACCUACAGCUGGUGCAGUUCUAGGGGACCCUCAUUUUCUAACGUUUGAUGGUGUGAGGUACACCUUCAAUGGGAAAGGAGAGUACUACCUGGUUCUCUCACCAGACAGAGGGCUCAGUGUUCAGGGCCGGACAGAGCAGGUGAAACUAGAGAACGGUACAUUAUCCAAGGCUACCAGGCUAUCGGCGGUGGCUAUGAGGGAGAGGAGCUCUGAUGUCAUAGAGGUGCGCCAGGCAGAGCAGCAGAACCAGCUGGAGGUGUUGAGGAACCAGCAGGUCCUCUCCUUCACAGAGCAGUCAUGGAUGGACCUUCAUGGGGUGUUCCUGUACUCCCCAACACCACAGAACGUGACCGUCAUGUUCUCCUCUGGCGUGGGGGUGGAGGUACGGGGGCGAGAGGGGGGCGCCAUGGCCGUCACCGUGCUGCUCCCCUCAAACUACACCAACCUCACCCAGGGCCUGCUAGGACAGAUGAACUCUGACCCCUUAGAUGACCUCCUGACCAGCCUAGGAGGUGUCGUCUCCCCAGACAACACCAGUCCUGAGGAAAUCUUCACCUUCGGAGCCAGCUGGAAAACCUCCAACGAGACGUCUCUGUUCACUUACGACACUAAGUACCUGUUGGACACGUACUACUACGUGAAACACGACCCAGCCUUCGUCCCGGCCUUCUCUGUGUCCGAAGACCCAGCUGACCCUCUGGUGGGGGACAUGCUGAAGAUGUGUUUCGGUGAGGGGGCCCAGUUCUGCAAGUACGACACCCUGAGCACCCGUAGUCUGGUUGUGGGUAACGCCACACUCCUGUCCUUCAAAAGUCACCAGACACUCAUGCAGGACCUGGAGGCUGUGGUGUCCUGUGGGUGGCUGGCCUCUCCGAGGUACGGUGAGAAGAUAGGUACACGCUACCUAGAGGGUUCGACAGUGAGCUUCACCUGUAACAGUGGCUACGUUCUGUAUGGAUCACCAGAACGCACCUGUCUACCCAGCGGAGAGUGGACUGGAGAGGAAGCCUCCUGUAUCUCUGAUAAUGUCCUAGGAGUGGUGCUGGGUUCUGUGUUUUCCAUAGCUACUCUGAUAACCAUGGGGGCGAUGGUCAAUCUACACUUCAGGAAACAGAAAAGAGAAAGACAAGAGAGGCUGGAUGGAAAGGUGAUAUCUGAACAGAGUUGAUGUCCUCCAGUGUAACUCUCCCUGUCCAGGAUAUUUUUAAAUGAACCGACAAUUGCAUCACCCUUAAGCUGGCAUCAACAUGCACUAAUGUAGGUGCAAAUUAUGUUUUCUACACCAUGUAGAAUUUUUGUGGAUCAGGGAUAAUGCAUUUUCUUCAUGGUGUAGUACAUGUGUACAUUGCACUGUAGAUUACUUUAAAUAACGGUCUGUAAAUGAAGGCUUACAGAGCAGGCCUGCUUGGUUUGUUCACGGUCUGUAAAUGAAGGCUUACAGAGCAGGCCUGCUUGGUUUGUUCCCAGUCUGUAAAUGAAGGCUUACAGAGCAGGCCUGCUUGGUUUGUUCACGGUCUGUAAAUGAAGGCUUACAGAGCAGGCCUGCUUGGUUUGUUCACGGUCUGUAAAUGAAGGCUUACAGAGCAGGCCUGCUUGGUUUGUUCACAGGACUUUUCCUAGGACUAAAUGUUAUGUUCUUUUGCCGGGAAACAAUAUUAUGUGAAUACUUUGAGGUCCCGUCUAUGUUAUCACUCCAUGUUCCUAUUAACUUAGAAUGGUCCCAGAUGUACACUCUCUUAGGUGUUUAGAGUCAAUCUCCUGAUCGUUUUAAAAGGUUGAAUGACUUUGACCAGUAAUAUAGCUCAUGUGUGUGGGCUCACUGCCUUUGUUCAUUCCAUUCAAUGGUUGAGAAAAAGUCAUUCGAAAGAACAUGCCACCAAAUGGCUGACAAUUGCACAAUAGCAAAGCUCAUGCUUUUUCUAUCUUCAAAUGAAGUAGAAGUAUUGAAUAAUGAAUAGAUACUGUGGUACAAUAAUAUUUGAAUGUAAUUCAUUAAAGGGAAAUAAAUACAGU